AUGGUCAUGGAGGGAACAGGCUGGGAACAGGAGAACCCCGACGAAGCCCGCAUUAGACCCGUCUCUUCUUUGCUCUCACACUUCGAAAAGCUCUCCCACAAUCAGCCCAAGCCCUGCAAUGCCUUCGGUACAAGUCCGCGGGACUCAUCCACUCGCUUCCUACGAACUCCUGAACCUGGCGACGAGCCCCGGUCAAGCCGCGCCUCCUUGGAUCUACCUCGUCCAACAUCACCUUGGAACACAACAGAUGAGAAGUCCAGAACAUUCAACCAUGCAAGGAAUACCGGUGAUUCGCAGCGGACGAAAGAGUCCCCUCGGAGCCGAUAUGGUCGGCCCAUUUCAAUGAGCAUCCACCACUCGUCGCCGCAGCUCCCGCCAACGUUAACAGUCCAAUCUCCAAAGUCCCCGCCGCGGAAGAUUGAAGCCCUUCGACGAACUCCACCCAAAGAAGACCACCGAUUAUCCCGGAGCUCCAUAUUUGUCCCACGAGAAUCUGUGUCAGCGGGUGUCUCACCGAGACCCAAUCCCCGGCCGGUAACGCCGCAGCACGGAUCCUCCGGAGAGGCAUUGGGGUUGGGACGGUUCUCGCCGGGUAUGCCCUUGGCAAAUGGCCGUACAAGCCCGGUGGAUCAUCGAAAGUCGAAGAGCACAUCCUUACCUCCACCUGCCAAUCGAGCUGAAAAGCCCAAGAUCCCUGCCAAGCCAGCGGCGUUCUCGCAUCCAGAUACUUCAACUCUUGCUCCGAAGCAAGAAAAUGCAUCAGACUACCAUAUUUCGCCUUUCAGUACACCUCCCAGCAGCCCUGAGAAACCUUCCUCCAAGCCGGUAUCUACAGACAAGCUGCCUCCUAAACCUCCGGGGCGUCCCAUUACGGAGCCUCCACCGCGCCGCUCGUUCGAUGAACGACCACCUGCACCUGUCCCCGCACCCGCAGCUCCUAUCCGGAAGACAGAUGCUAGGGAUCUUGGCUUUUCGCGAUCUCGACCUGAGCCACCGAGGCCGACAAGGCCUCUUCAGGUGCAGAUCCCGACAUCCUCAGGCUUUUCCGAUCCUCCCUCAAUUCCACACUCGGCGCAUCCAAGCCGCGCACUCGACAGUCCGCUAGCUCGCCCAGGCUUUCCACCGAGGUCAGCGUCCACCGCCAAACGCCAAAGAUGGCCCUCUCCUGGUAGAGAUACUUCGCAGCCAGCGAGAAUUCCAGGUCACUUGACCCCUGUCGCCAGAUCUGAGCCUGCGGCUCCAGUACUUAACAAAGAAACCAAGCCACCUCGGCAGCCCGUUCGACAGCAGUCUUUGUCGCGUGAUUCGAGUCUACCUUCUCAGUCAGAGCGACGGAUAGUGCGAACGGACACUGAAGAAGAGGAGCUAGUGGUCGACGAAGGACCGGUGUCUCGAACGGAUUAUCCUGACGCCUCCCAGGCGAACCGGCGGCCCCCACUCUUUAAGACAGGCCCUCGAGAGAUAUCCACACGAUAUGACACGCGGCUGUUUGCUGUGUGUGGUAAAUAUGUUUGUACAGCUGGCUAUCUUACUCGUGUUUGGGAUCUCACCACUGGCGAACAAGUCAUGAGCCUCAGUCAUGGUGAAACCGUGAAGAGCUUGUCUCUCGCUUUCAAACCUGGAAGCGGCCUUGAAGACGAGGGACAGAAAAUCUGGCUUGGCACCAGCGCUGGGGAGCUGCUUGAAGUUGAUAUCCUGUCUGGCAGUGUAGUGACCUCUCGGUCUUAUCCGUCUCGCCGAGAAGUGAUACAAAUUCUGCGCCAUAGAAAGGAGAUGUGGACUCUUGACGACGAGGGCCGACUGCUUGUGUGGCCUCCAGAUGAAAGUGGCUCGCCCAAUUUGCAGUACAGCUACCACAGUCCGCCAGAGCGAGUGGCGCGUGGCCACACAUUUUCUAUGGUCGUGGACGAUACCCUAUGGCUCGCGACAGGGAAGGAUGUCUUCAUAUAUCGCCCCAAUGCACGCGAGGAUUCCGCUUUCAAAAUUUUCAAGAAACCUCUCGGCCAGCAGCACACCGGAGAGGUCACAUCUGGCACAUACACUACACAGCAUGGAGGGCGUGUCUAUCUGGGACAUGCUGAUGGCAAGGUCACUACAUAUUCUUCCACAGACUACUCGUGUUUAGCAGUCGUGAAUGUGAGCGUAUAUAAAAUCAACUGUCUCGGCAUGGUCGGCGACUACCUCUGGGCAGCCUAUAAAACAGGCAUGAUCUAUGUCUAUGACGUGAAGACGAACCCAUGGAUAGUGAAGAAGGAUUGGCGGGCCCAUGACAGUCCGGUUUGUGGAUUCAUUCUGGAUACGAGCAGUGUAUGGACAAUGAAUCGCCUUCAAGUGACAUCGCUUGGAACAGACAAUUGUAUCCGGCUUUGGGAUGGGAUGUUGGAAGACGAUUGGAUGGAAAACCGGAUGCAAAGCAGAGACGUUGAAUUCUGCAAAUUCCGCGAAAUUCGAAUUGCCAUCGUGACUUGGAAUGCGGGUGCCUCUACCCCCGGCAGUGUGCGCACAUCGGAUUUCAUUCGAGACGCUGUUCAUCCCGAGGAUCCACCGGAUAUAAUCGUCUUUGGGUUCCAAGAGUUAGUCGAUCUAGAGAACAAGAAGCUCACAGCUAAGAGCCUUCUGCUUGGAAGCAAGAAGAAGGAUCAUGGGGAAAAGGAACACAUGAGUCGGCAAUACCGAGUCUGGAUAGAGCAUCUCACUCGGUCACUCCAUGAGUGCAUGCCUCUCGAAGAGUCAUAUGUUCUCUUGCAUACAUCGAAUAUGGUUGGUUUGUUCACGUGUGUCUUUGUGAAGCACAAAGAACGACAUAACAUCAGCAAAAUCAAUGCCUCUGAAGUCAAGCGUGGCAUGGGUGGAUUGCAUGGCAACAAGGGCGCACUGAUUCUUCGAUUUGUUCUCGAUGAUAGCUCAUUAUGUUUUGUCAACUGUCAUCUAGCAGCUGGCCAGACGCAGACUGCCCAUCGCAAUAAUGACAUUGCUGCAAUUCUUGAAGCCGAAACUCUGCCUCCAGAGAGUAGUCUCGUCACACGCACCGAUCAUUUCUCCAGCGGUGGAGAUGGAUCCAUGAUUAUGGACCACGAAAUCUGCAUUUUGAAUGGAGAUUUCAAUUACCGUAUAGAUGCCAUGCCACGUAACGUCAUCAUUGAUGCAGUUCGCCAAAACAAUCUCACAAAGCUUCUGGAGCGCGAUCAACUUCUGGCGUCAAGGCGCAAGAAUCCAGGCUUCCGACUCCGGAGCUUUGUCGAAGCGCCCAUCACCUUUGCACCGACCUACAAAUAUGACGUUGGCACUGACCAGUAUGACACGAGUGAGAAAAAGCGCUCACCUGCCUGGUGUGACCGUAUCCUCUAUCGUGGACUAGGUCGGGUCAAACAACUUGAAUAUCGCCGGCAUGAGGUUCGCGCCUCCGAUCACCGGCCCGUUAGUGCGGCUUUCAAAGUUCGUGUGAAGACAGUACUACCCCAACAGCGAAAUGUGGCGUGGGAAGCGUGUCUGCAGGACUUUCAGAUUGAGAAGCGGCGGCUUGCAUCUGAGGCUAGCAUCGAAUAUCUCAUUACAGUUCUGGGUACUGACCCCCGCCAGGCUCGCAGCUUGAUUCUGGGCAAAGCCACGUGA